UUGUCGGUCGCCAUAACAGUUUUGGUUCGGAUUGGAUCUGUCGCUCGCAAGAACGACAUGAAAUAUCCCAGUAAUCCUGCUUAGAGAUCGCACAAAAUGAUCUCGUGACUUGGAAAUUGGCUUGAUAAGUGCAUCAGCUGUAGAAAUCUGCGCAUAGUUUUUCCACAGAGAGCACGCCAAGCCGAGUCCCAAGAAAAUGGAGCUCCGGGUGGGCAACAAGUACCGUCUUGGGCGGAAAAUCGGAAGCGGUUCCUUCGGUGACAUUUAUCUAGGGACCAACAUAACAACGGGGGAAGAGGUGGCCAUCAAGCUUGAAUGCAUCAAGACAAGGCACCCUCAACUGCACAUCGAGUCAAAGUUCUACAAGAUGAUGCAGGGAGGAGUUGGAAUUCCGAUGAUCAAGUGGUGCGGCUCUGAGGGCGACUACAAUGUGAUGGUCAUGGAGUUGUUAGGACCCUCACUGGAAGAUCUCUUCAACUUCUGCUCCCGCAGAUUUUCUCUCAAGACUGUGCUGCUGCUCGCAGAUCAACUGAUUAGUCGAAUAGAUUUUAUCCACUCGCGCAAUUUCAUCCACCGCGACAUCAAACCCGACAACUUUCUCAUGGGCCUCGGCAAAAAGGGCAACCUGGUCUAUAUCAUUGACUUUGGAUUGGCUAAGAAAUAUCGUGACGGCCGCACGCACCAACACAUCCUCUACCGCGAAAACAAAAAUUUGACUGGGACUGCGCGCUAUGCCUCUAUCAGCACCCACCUGGGCAUUGAGCAAAGCAGGCGAGACGAUUUGGAGUCCCUGGGUUAUGUGUUGAUGUACUUCAACCGUGGCUCACUGCCGUGGCAGGGCUUAAAAGCUGCCACGAAGCGGCAGAAGUACGAACGCAUCUCUGAGAAGAAGAUGGGCACACCCAUCGAGGAGCUCUGCCGAGGAUACCCUGCUGAAUUCGCAACAUAUCUUUACUAUUGCCGAUCGCUAAGGUUUGAGGAGCGGCCCGACUACAACUACCUGCGUCAAAUGUUCCGUUCUCUCUUCCACCGUCAGGGCUUCACCUAUGACUAUGUUUUUGACUGGAACAUGCUUAAAUUUGGAGCUUCUCGUUUGGGACAGGAGGAGGCAGGUCGCGAGCGGCGCUACCCAACUCGAAUGGGUCAGUUUGUGGGCAGCCAGCAGCAGCAGCAGAAUGCGUCCGGUCAGCCAGGUGCUGGAGUGAGUGGCGGAGGCGGGGGUGCUUCUGGCAGUGCACGACACCCAAAGACAACAGCAGCAACAGCUGCUGUGGUCAGUCCCAUCGAAACAACAUCCCGAACCCCUGCACCUCCCCAACAGCAACCACCAGGACUGGUGGCUGUGUCUCCAGCGGCGGCAACCGGCGGAGCCACAACAGCGUCGCCAUCCUCAGGUAAAAGACGGUAGUGGCGCUUUGCACCAACGGAGCGAGGCGCCUCCCGCUGCAAGUUGCAAUCGGCGCCCCUCUGCUGCCAACGAGCUGCUGCCCUCCGAAUAAGUGAAUUAAUUUCAGACUGUGAUCAAAUUAUUCGCCCCCAAGCCAAGCUGGUCCAUUAAAAAUGGCCUAUACACGUGAACUUGAUCGUUUAUAUGUCCCUUCGAUCGAAUUUCUCCAGCAAGUUGGUUCGACUCUCGAGUGAACCGUUCGUGGCGCCGCCGACGCCUCUCGACUGACAUCCAUCCCUCGGCGUCGGCUGGCUUCUGCUUUUUCUAUUUUCCUCCAGCCUCUCUGUCGGGUUUGCUGAAACCAGACGACUGAUGAUCUUUCGUUUUAGGCGUAUAUUAUUUUUCUCCCCCGUGAUAUGUGGAACUUAGGUUUUCUCAUUUUUUGCAGUGUUAGUUUAAUAGCUCACUGGAACUUGCGUUGGAGUUAAUGGUUUUGAUUUAGUAGCAAUUCACCUGUAACCAGAAUAUUCUAAAUUAGCAAUCAAUCUGAUCUGACAUUUCCUUCAGAGAUUGUCUCUCCGAUGCUAAACUAAUUAAAAUUAAAUCACCAAUUCCAAACUCGUCCAGUGCGCCCUCAAGAAAUUGAUUUUGCACAUCACCGUGAAACUAUUCUUGUCGCUGUAUUUGCUUCCAUUAGAUUAAACAAUUUCUUAUUUGAUACUGAAACUGAUCGAAGAAAUAUGGUUCUUAUUAACCUAAGAAGAAGCAUUGAAGUGUGACUGAACGAAUUCGCUCUGCACUUGUAAGUACUUAAUAAGCUGCUCUCUUUCCCUCCCGAGAAUGGAGAAGUGGUUGAUUUUUGUUGACCCCGAGAGGUCAGAUGGACAAAACGACCAGCGCCGCCCUGAAGUGUAAAUAAUGCGGAGAGGAUUGAAAAAGAGUGGCGAGCGCUCGGCUUGAACGUAGAAUGGAAGCUUCUGACCGCCGGCCGGCGUCAGGCUGUAUCAUACACCUUGUACAUAUAUUUUUAUACUCGAUGUGUGCGACAAAAACGAAUUGAAAUGAGAAGAACCUGGUGGUGAUUGCGACUCGUCCGAAAUGAAAGCAAGAAAGAAAAGAGUGUAAAUAUACAAAAUAGACGUUCGAGAUUGAUCGUUAUAUCGCUGCCUUAUGAUAAUUAAUACUGAGAAAGAAAAUUGUAAAAAUGUGUUUCCUUGUCCGCGAGCCGAUUUUAGGCACGGGUUUUGAAUUUUUUUUAUAUAAUUUUGUUGCAACAACAAAAAAAUUUGAUUGAGAAAAGUUGUAAAAUAAAAAAAUAAUAAAAAAAAACAUGAUGUGA